AUGGAAUCUGGCUUCCCCUCCAGGGACACUUACUUAAGACAUUUUAACCCUCGGGGCUUUCUAGAAAAAUAUUACAAUUUUGGGUCCAGACACUCUGUAGAAAACCAAAUUCUUAGGCACCUGCUGACAAAUCUUUUCAAGAUAUUCUUCCCUGGUGGGGCGGAGGGAGACCAGGUUGACAUUGGCUCUGGCCCCAACAUCUACCAGCUCCUCUCUGUUUGUUUGGACUUCACCCAAGCACACCAAGGGAAAUCAACAAUGCAAGAGCUGGAGAAGUGGCUGAAGAAGGAGCCAGGGACCUUUGACCAAUCCCCAAUGGUGACCUAUGUAUGUGAUCUUGAAGGGAACAGAGUCAAGGGGCUGGGGAAGGAGGGGAAGUUAAGGCAGGUAGUCACACAGGUGAUGAAGCAUGAUGUGACUCAGAGCCAGGCUCUGAGUGGGGUCCCCCUAUCCCCUGCUGACUGCCUGCUCAGUACGCUGUGUCUUCAGGCGGCCUCCCUGGACCUCCUUGCCUGCCAUGCUGCCCUCAGGAGUCUCCGCAGUCUGCUCAAGCCAGGGGGCUUCCUGGUGCUCGGGGAUGCACUGAAGAGCAGCUACAACACAGUUUUCGAGCAGAGGUUCUCCAUCUUCUCCCUGGCCCCAGAGGCAGUAGAGGCUGCUACAAAAGAGGCUGGCUAUACCAUCGAGCAGUUUGAGGUGAUCUCUCAAAGUUAUUCCUCCACCACUUCUGACAACGAAGGGCUUUUCUCCUUGGUGGGACAGAAGCCGGGCAGAUCUGAAUGA